UUUCUAUUUGUGUGAUUGGCUAGAAAGGAAUGCGUUAGGACGCAGAAGUCUGUGGGAAAAUAUGAUUGGCUGGCUAUGGGCGGUUGAAUUUGAAAAUUUCAAGUACAGCAGCAUUUUAAAAAGAGGCUGCAGGGCUGAAACGGAGUUUCUGACGUCAUGCGGGCUACAAGGAAGAGAGCAACUGCCAGAGGGCGUAAAAAUGCUGUAAAAAGUGACAAGCUGGAAGCUUUCUUCAUAGACUUUGAUAGUGAAGUUAAGGCUAUUGUUGAAAAACUUAAAUCAACGGCCAGCAGCCUCCUGAAAGAAGCUGAUAACUUCUACAACAUUGCCAUCAUCAAGCUUCCUGUGACCGUCAGAAAAAUGAAAUGGAUGGAUUAUUUUGCUGUAGGAGGAAGCUUAAAAGCCAUAGAAGCAGUAGCAAAGACUGAACUGGGCCUCUCAGAAGUAGCAAACAAUGCUGCUGAAGUUAAGAAGCUACCAAAAUCAACACAAAAAGCAAAUAAAAAGAAGCUCGGCACAGAAACAAUUUCAGAAGAAGCAGAAAAUAUUCCACCAAUCAAGACAACCACUAAAAAGGGUAAAGCAACCACCAAAAAGGUUCCUCCAUCAACCAGAAAGCCCAGGGCUCUUUCAGUAAACCAAGCAGGUACUGGCAUUAGAAAGUCUACCAGGAAAGCUUGCGCAACUCCAGCUACAAAUGCACUGGAUUCAUCUUUCAUGGGACCCACACCCCUUAUUACUCCAAGGUUUGAUUCAAGACUUCCAAAAACCCCAGCAGUACGCAACCCAAGGCACAGAGAGCGUAUUUAUAGCAUUUCGGUGAAUGGCAGUCCGAUUGCUCCGAACAAUGAUCUUUUAAUUAAUAUACCAAUUGGAAAUGGAGAGUUUUCCCAGCACUGUUUCCACAGCUUGGAUGAGUUUGCAUCUCAGCCGCUGUUCCAGCUCAGGAAAGCCCUGUAAAGGUGUGUUCUUGAAGCGGACCUUGCUGCAUGAUUGAAGCUGCUCUCCCAGGCUGCUCAGGG